AGCGGUCUACCUUAAGCGCACAAGCAACGCAGGCGUACAGCGAGGUUUCCGCUUCUCCACCGGGCUCGGACCGCGGUUCACGAAAACAGUCGGCAAGGUUGACGCACCGACGAAAAAAAAGAAAAGCUAAAGCCACUAAGCACAAAUGUCUGAUUCCAAGUACCGUGAGUGGAUUCUGGAUACCAUUGACUCACUACGCUCGAGAAAAGCCCGACCAGACCUUGAGAGGAUUUGUCGAAUGGUCCGGAGACGACAUGGGUCUGAUCCAGAUAGAACCUGCGCAGAACUCGAUAAACUGAUCCAGGAGCAAACUGUAUUGAAAGUUAAUUACAAGGGAUCUAUAUCGUACCGCAACGCCGCCAAGGUACAGAGGAGAAGCAGGAAAAAAGAUGACACCUCAACAAGACGAAAUGUGGUGGAAGAAGCUAGUCAUUCCGAUUUGAGCAACGGGGACAGCGCACUCGGUCCCACUGACCAAGAUGAGACGGAGGAUUUGGAGGCCGACGGUUCCACCGUCAUGGACACCGACAGCAACGGCGACGAGGACGGGGCGGAGGAGAGCCGCGACGGGCAGGACGGGCCGUCCCCCAGCCACACGUACGAAGACGCCGCCACGCUGUGCGCCUUCUCCGCCCACGCCUUCUCCGCCCCCUGCUCCCCCAUGGGGCCCCGGCCGGCCCCCAGCCCCGUGUCGGGCGCCGACGCCGCCUCGGCGCCGGCCUGGAAGUCCGGCGAGAGGGCCAGCUCCCUGCCCCCCUCCAGCCCGAGGGCCCCGGUGCACAGCGACUGGGCCCUCGGGGCCCGGAGCCCCGCGGAGCACCAGCAGAGGGAGGUCAAAGCAGGAGCGGUGAAGCCUGCAGUGCCGGCUGUGGCCACUAGUGUGGCUGCCUUAAAGAACCACGUGGAGGCGGGGAGGACGGAGAGCAUCAGCUCGGACCAGCUGGUCCCCGACUAUGGAGCUAAUGGAGCACGAGCGGAAGCCACCAGGAAGGUUAGCGAUGGCCGAGCACAGACCCUGCCGGUGUCCACUGACAGCAGCACUCCUUCCAAAAAGAGCGCGGACACGGGCCCGGUGGCCACGGCCGAAGAGCCCAUCGUCAACGGAGGGGACCCCAACAAAGUCUGUGUGAAAAAGGAGAAGACGGGCCAGAACUUACUGCAGUGGAGUGUGUCGGACGUGGCCGGCUACUUCUCUGCUGCAGGCUUCCCAGAACAGUCUAUGGCUUUCAGAACACAGGAAAUUGAUGGGAAGUCGCUCCUGCUGAUGCAGCGGAGCGACGUGCUGACCGGCCUGUCAAUCAGACUGGGCCCCGCCCUCAAGAUCUACGAGCGUCACAUCAAGGUGCUACAGAGAACCCACUUCCUGGAAGACGAGGACCUGUGAGUCAGUUGGCGGUUUUUCUUUCUAAAAGAGACCAACGCUGAACACCUUCUGCGCCAUCUCCACAGUGCCGAGGGGGGAGGGGAGGGGAGGGAAAGGGUGGGAGGGAGGGAGGGAGGGAGGGAAGGAGUAUCGAGAAAAUAAGAAAAAAGCACAUGACAGCCUCAACCCUCCAGGUUGGCUGUGAGAACCAAUGACCAGUCAUCCUACCUCUCAUUGUGGUCUGUGAAGCAACGCUGUUCAUUCCACCCAUUAGUUAGCUAGCUGAGCUAUAGCUGCCCUGGGUUAGUUUUAUAAUUUGAGCAUUGGGCCGAGCCCCUUUCCUCUCUCCCCCCCCCUGACACAGAAAAUCGGGGCGAAGGGACUCAACCUUUUGUGUAAAAAGGGGCCCGCCUGUGAGGUCAUGUGGUCACAGAGGGGUGGGGGGGCUGGGGGGGUUGACACUCUGCCAGGGCGGGGCCUUACUCCUAUUGCCAACUUGGAAAUAAGCAGGCCGGGCGAGCCUAUAAAUGAAAGGACUUUAAGUUAGAUCAGCAGCUCUUCUGAGGCAAACGGGCACCGAAAAGCAUGUUUGGGUCGCCCUUUUCCCUGCCAGCCUUUGAUUGUUGAAUGGGACUUCAUUGCACAUCAAAUUGAACCCCGGGCCAGAAGCCUGACCCACCACGCCUACAAUGCUCAUGUCAAAACAACAUCGUCAGUGUCUGGUUGGCAAUGCAAUAUAAUCAAUAUUAUAUACUACGACCUGUUUAGCGAGGCAAUAUUUUAUGUGAUCUGUUGUUCAACUUUUUUUUCCUCCAUUAGAUUUUAAAUUGAACCUGUUGCGAUGAAAUGCACCCCAUGCAGGCCCCAGGGAGACUACCUGCAUACCUGAGGGGGUAAUUCAAAUAAUAGCUUGGUCUGGGAAAAUCGAAUUACUGAAAACAUUGUUACAAUGAAAACAUGGAGCGCAACUCCCCUUUCCAGAGUGGAGAUUUUGAUCAAAUGCAAUAUACCGUUUGUCCAUUGUCUUCUUCCAUUUGUAUUGUUGUGGUAUCAGUCAUCCCUCUGAAAAAUGUAACAUUCCAUUUAACGUACCGUACGUCGUCUGUGAUGUAUCUCCAUUUGUA